AAUGGAACUUGUGUUGGGAAGGGGCUGCCCCAUUUGUGCUUCUCCAGGGGCAGGAGAAUAUCUAGGGCAGGAGAAUCCCUGCAGGGCCUCUGAGGCUCCCUUUGCUUCUUCUUCUCUCCCAGCACCCUGCAACUUAUUUUGGCUCCUCAACUCCUCAGGAAGGAUGAAAGAGACGGAUCCUGCAAAGCUAGCGAGGAUGGAAGGGGGAAGAUGGACAGUUGACCUGGUCAGGUUGUCUCCUGCAUCCUUCCUCUCAACCUCUGAGCGCUUCCUCCAAGAGACCUCCAAGAGAUCUGAUGGUGAUGAAUUGGAAGGGAAGAACAAGGGGGAACACAACAGAAUCCAUAUAGCUGAGAAGUCAGAGUGUGGAGAGAACUUCGGUCAGAGCUCCCUGUCCACGUCCCAUCAAAGAAAGAGCUUCAUUCAGAGGGAUAGCCUCACUUCACAUGAAAGAGCACAGAGUAGGGAGAAAUGGUAUCAGUGCAGAGAAGGUGGGAAGAGCUUCAGUCAGAAGGAUAAUCUCACUUCCCAUCAAAGAAUUCAUACAGGGGAGAAACCCUAUCAGUGCUUGGAAUGUGGAAAGAGCUUCAGUCAAAGCGCCCAUCUCACUUCCCAUCAAAGAAUUCAUUCAGGGCAGAAACCCUAUCAGUGCUUGGAAUGUGGAAAGAGCUUUAGUCAAAGCGCCCAUCUCACUUCCCAUCACAGAAUUCAUUCAGGGCAGAAACCCUAUCAGUGCUUGGAAUGUGGAAAGAGCUUUAGUCAAAGCGCCCAUCUCACUUCCCAUCAAAGAAUUCAUUCAGGGCAGAAACCCUAUCAGUGCUUGGAAUGUGGAAAGAGCUUUAGUCACAGGCAGAGUCUCACUUCCCAUCAAAGAAUUCAUACAGGCCAGGAACCCUAUCAGUGCUUGGAAUGUGGAAAGAGCUUUAGUCACAGACAGAGUCUCAUUUUGCAUCAAAGAAUUCAUACAGGACAGAAACCCUAUCAGUGCUAUGAAUGUGGAAAGAGCUUUAGUCACAGCGCCCAUCUCACUUCCCAUCAAAGAAUUCAUACAGGGCAGAAACCCUAUCAGUGCUUGGAAUGUGGAAAGAGCUUUAGUCACAGGCAGAGUCUCAUUUUGCAUCAAAGAAUUCAUACAGGACAGAAACCCUAUCAGUGCUAUGAAUGUGGAAAGAGCUUUAGUCACAGCGCCCAUCUCACUUCCCAUCAAAGAAUUCAUACAGGGGAGAAACCCUAUCAGUGCUUGGAAUGUGGAAAGAGCUUUAGUCAAAGCGCCCAUCUCACUUCCCAUCAAAGAAUUCAUACAGGGGAGAAACCCUAUCAGUGCUUCGAAUGUGGAAAGAGCUUCAAUCGGAAAGAUAGUCUCACUUCCCAUCAAAGAAUUCAUACAGGGCAGAAACCCUAUCAGUGCUUGGAAUGUGGAAAGAGCUUUAGUCACCGCCACAAUCUCACUUCCCAUCAAAGAAUUCAUACAGGGGAGAAACCCUAUCAGUGCUUGGAAUGUGGAAAGAGCUUCAAUCGGAAAGAUAGUCUCACUUCCCAUCAAAGAAUUCAUUCAGGGCAGAAACCCUAUCAGUGCUUGGAAUGUGGAAAGAGCUUUAGUCAAAGCGCCCAUCUCACUUCCCAUCAAAGAAUUCAUUCAGGGCAGAAACCCUAUCAGUGCUUGGAAUGUGGAAAGAGCUUUAGUCACAGCGCCCAUCUCACUUCCCAUCAAAGAAUUCAUACAGGGCAGAAACCCUAUCAGUGCUUGGAAUGUGGAAAGAGCUUCAGUCACAGCCACAGUCUCACUUCCCAUCAAAGAAUUCAUACAGGGGAGAAACCAUAUCAGUGCUAUGAAUGUGGAAAGAGCUUUAGUCACAGUGCCCAUCUCACUUCCCAUCAAAGAAUUCAUACAGGGCAGAAACCCUAUCAGUGCUUGGAAUGUGGAAAGAGCUUUAGUCAAAGCGCCCAUCUCACUUCCCAUCAAAGAAUUCAUACAGGGGAGAAACUCUAUCAGUGCUUCAAAUGUGGAAAGAGCUUCAAUCGGAAAGAUAGUCUCACUUCCCAUCAAAGAAUUCAUACAGGGCAGAAACCCUAUCAGUGCUUGGAAUGUGGAAAG